AUGGACAAAAGCAUGCUUGGGGAUUUGGACGCUCUCCCGGAAGAAGAUAAGCAGCGAAUGUCGGCCAUGAUUGACCAGCUCCAAAUCCGUGACAGUCUGAGGAUGUAUAAUUCGCUGGUCGAAAGAUGCUUCACGGAUUGUGUGGACACUUUUAGGCGUAAAACACUGGACAAACAAGAAGAGACUUGCGUGCGUAGAUGUGCCGAGAAGUUCUUGAAGCACUCGAUGCGUGUUGGCAUGAGGUUUGCAGAGUUGAACCAAGGAGCCGCAACUCCCGACUAA